AAAAAUAAAAAUGAAAUGGUUUACUUUUUAGUUUCCAAUCCAACGCCAUACUUGAACGAGAAGAGAGAGAAAAUAGAGAGGGAGAGAGUAGGGAAGGUAAAGGAACGCUAGUUUGAAGAAGAAGAAGAAGAAGAAGGGAAAACAGAGAAAAACAAACCCUAGGAGAGAGAAAGUGUUCCUUCGAAUUCCAAUCCUCCCCUUUACGCAUUGUUAUUUAGAGAUCUUGAUUCUUAAUCCCUCAAAGUGACUGGUUGUGCUCUAGCUAUGGCGAAUUCUAAGGGAUCUUCAAACGUUAGAAAUUUGAUCAGCUCUGGAAAACACGCAUUACUUCCUCCAAAAAGUCCAUUUCCUAUUGUUUCCCCGUCAUAUGUUGAUUAUGUCCAUAAUCCUGCAAUUGGAUCAAAAGUCAUCCAGAAGCCUAAAGAGGGAAAUACACACCACCAGCGAACUUCCUCCGAGAGCAUUCUUGUAGAGGAGCAGCCUUCGUGGCUUGAUGAUCUCCUUAAUGAGCCAGAGACACCUAUACGAAGAGGAGGUCAUCGGCGUUCGUCAAGUGACUCUUUUGCAUACGUAGAUACAAUUAAUAUUUCAAACUUAGAUUAUGCAGCUCAGGAUGAUUACAAGUAUAAAAAUAUGAUUUCCGGACCCUCUUGGGGAUCUCAAGACUUUGAUCAUCAAAGAGAUUUGCGGCAUGCUUCAGUCUAUGCAGAAAUGAACUUGGCAAAGCAAAAGAAUAGGACAUGGGAGUCUUUGAAUGUUGCUAUUAGCCCAAGUGGCCUUUCUUCAGUUAAGGAUAACAUUGUUUGUCAGAGUUCUGGAUCUUUUUGCACGCAACUGGAAGCUGAUGGGAUUUUAUCUACAGCAAUCGAAAAGCAAGAUGUGGUUGAAUCCGGUCCACAUGAUUCGAAAACUUCUUCUGAGAAAAAGGACUGUUCUAAUCCUAAACCUUCUGCAUCUGAGACAGAUACAAAACGAGCUAAACAGCAAUUUGCUCAACGUUCGCGUGUCCGCAAACUUCAAUACAUUGCUGAGCUGGAGAGGAAUGUGCAAGCUUUACAGGCAAAAGGGACUGAAGUUUCAGCAGAGCUUGAAUUUCUUAAUCAGCAGAAUCUUAUUCUGAGCAUGGAAAACAAAGCCCUAAAGCAACGAUUAGAAAGUUUAGCCCAGGAGCAUCUUAUUAAAUACUUGGAGCAUGAAGUUUUGGAGAGGGAGAUUGGGAGGCUCAAAGCUUUGUAUCAGCAGCAACAGAAACCACAACAGCAACCAUCUUCUAGCCAUAGACGCACUAACAGCAGAGAACUUGAUUCCCAAUUUGCAAAUCUGUCUUUGAAACACAAGGAUGCAAAUUCAGGUCGCGACCCUGUGACAGGUCCAGUCCGCAUUUAGAUGUCUACUAAUUUAGCAGGAGGCAGGUUAUGCCACUUAUUUUCGCUCAUUGGCAUUCGCUGUGUCUGACCUAAUUUGUUGUUUCUCUUCUGUGAGAUAAGGCCAAGCUCAUCCAGUCUUGGUGUCCUCUCCCUGCCCAAUUUGUGCAUUUUGAUUUUCCCUGUUUUAUGCUCGUUAAGUUAAGUUAAUAUCAUCCUGUGCACCUGGUAGUCACAGCCAGAAAACCAUUCUAUUUCGGGCCAGGGACAUACCGGAGGUGAUGACUCAAAACAGUGUUUUGGUCUUGUAUGUUUAUGAUGCUCAUAAUUCAUAAAAUGUUGUAUGCACCAUUUUUUUUCCCCA